AUGCCGGCCCUGCCCACCUGCAGCCCCAGGCCCACAGGCCGGCCCUGUCCCACCGCAGCCACCACGCCCGCCCUGCCCACCUGCAGCCUCCACGCCGGCCCUGCCCCCCUGCAGCCCCUUGCCCACCGCAUCCACCACGCCGGCCCUGCCCACCUGCUAGCCCCAGGCCCACAGGCCGGCCCUGCCCACCUGCUAGCCCCAGGCCCACAGGCCGGCCCUGCCCACCUGAAGCCCUCUGCCCCCUUGCAGCCAACCUACCGGCCCUGCCCACCUGCAGCCACCACACCGGCCCUGCCCACCUGCAGCCCCAGGCUCACAGGCCGGCCCUGCCCCCCUGCAGCCCCUUGCCCACCGCAGCCAACAUGCCGGCGCUGCCCACCUGCAGCCCCAGGCCCACAGGCCGGCCCUGCCCCCCUGCAGCCCCCACGCCGGCCCUGCCCCCCUGCAGCCCCUUGCCCACCGCAUCCAGCACGCCGGCCCUGCCCACCUGUUGUUAGCCCCAGGCCCACAGGCCGGCCCUGCCCCCCUGCAGCCCCUUGCCCACCGCAUCCAACAAGCCGGCCCUGCCCACCUGUAGCCAACCUACCGGCCCUGCCCACCUGCAGCCCCAGGCCCACAUACCGGCCCUGCCCACCUGCAGCCCCUUGCCCAACACAUCCAACACGCCGGCCCUGCCCACCAGCAGCCCCAGGCCACGGGCCGGCCCUGCCCACUUGCAGCCCCUUGCCCACCGCAUCCAACCAGCCGGUCCUGCCCCCCCGCAGCCCCUUGCCCACGGCCGUGCCAUGCCGUGCCGUGGGCAGGGCAGGGGAGGACACUCACCCCGUCUGUCCGUCCGUCCGUCCGGCCGUCGUGGCUCGCAGCCGGGGGGGGGCGCCGCCUAACGGCCACGUGACGUCGCCGGCGGCCGGCCGCGCGGGGCGCUCACUGCGCAGAGGGCCGGCCACGCCCCUAACCCGCCGAGUCGGGGCUACGAACCAAUCAGAGGGCCGGCCACGCCCCCUCCCGCCCGGGCCACGGACCAAUCAGAGGCCUGACCACGCCCCCCGUCCGGCCGGGGCUGCGUAUCAAUCAGGGGCCCGACCACGCCCCCGCCUCAUCGAGGGGGGCUACGGGCCAAUCAGAGGCUCGACCACGCCCCCUCCCCGCCCAGCGGGGGCUGCGGGCCAAUCAGAGGAUCGACCACGCCCCUCCCCGUCCUGCCGGGGCUGCUUAUCAAUCAGGGGCCCGACCACGCCCCCGCCUCAUCGAGUAGGGCAGCGGACCAAUCAGAAGCCUGGACACGCCCCCGGCCCGCCGAGCGGGGGCUGCGGGCCAAUCAGAGGAUCUACCACGCCCCUCCCCGUCCUGCCGGGGCUGCGUAUCAAUCGAGGGCCCGACCACGCCCCCGCCUCAUCGAGUGGGGCUGCGGACCAAUCAGAAGCCUGGACACGCCCCCGGCCCGCCGAGCGGGGGCUGCGGGCCAAUCAGAGGCUUGACCACGCCCCUUCCUGGCGAGCCGGGGCGGUGUAUCAAUCAGGGGCCCGACCACGCCCCCGCCUCAUCGAGGGGGGCUGCGGACCAAUCAGAAGCCUGGACUCGCCCCCGGCCCGCCGAGCGGGGGCUGCGGGCCAAUCAGAGGAUCGACCACGCCCCUCCCCGUCGAGCCGGGGCGGUGUAUCAAUCAGGGGCCUGACCACGCCCCCACCUCAUCGAGGGGGGCUGCGGACCAAUCAGAGGCUCGACCACGCCCCCGCCCCGCCGAGCGGGGGCUGCGGGCCAAUCAGAGGCUCGACCACGCCCCUCCCCGGCGAGCCGGGGCUGCCCGGAGCUGCGGACCAAUCAGAGGCCCGACCACGCCCCCUGGCCGUUCCCGCCCCCCAGCCCGGGCGCGGCGCGGCUGCUGGGCUGGGGAGAAAAGGGGGUGGAGGAGCGGCAGCUUGA